AGUGGAUUAGAAGAAGAUGCUGGGCCUUUUAAGUUUGCUUUGAUUGACCACGAACAUGCCAUUUUCAUCACGAGGCCUUUUGCUUCUCUCAGAAGCUUUAAUAAGAUCAACUUUCUUUUGUCCGAACAAACAUAACUAUCUGGGGUUCUUCUUCUUCUUCUUCCUCUGGGACAUCCCUUCUUCUGUCGUUUCCUUUAGAAAAAUGGAUUCAAGCCUAGUCUUGUCUCUCAAACUUAAUCCUUGCUUCAAUUCUCUCAACACUUGCACGCCAUGUUUGUAUCCUCCGCCGCUCCGUCUAUCCCCUUGCUACUACUCCCGCCGCUUCUGUUCUCCGGUCACUGUCAACGCCGCCAAGAAAACCUCUCAGAUUAUCCGCUCUGAACUCGAUGACAGAAUCAACGGCUCUGAUUCCCGCUUCCUCGACCGUCAAAAGGCUUUAGAGGCAGCUAUGAAUGACAUUAAUGGUUCGUUUGGCAAAGGAAGUGUAACCAGGUUGGGGAGUGCUGGUGGUGCACUAGUGGAGACUUUUCCCAGUGGUGUUUUGACGCUUGAUCUUGCCUUAGGUGGAGGCCUCCCAAAGGGUCGAAUAGUCGAGAUAUAUGGACCAGAGAGUAGUGGCAAGACCACGCUAGCACUCCAUGCAAUUGCUGAAGUUCAGAAGCUUGGAGGCAAUGCAAUGCUCGUUGAUGCAGAGCAUGCCUUUGAUCCAGCGUACUCCAAAGCAUUAGGUGUUGAUGUUGAAAACUUGAUAGUGUGCCAGCCUGAUAACGGCGAGAUGGCUUUAGAAAUUGCAGACCGUAUGUGUCGUUCGGGUGCGGUUGACCUUAUAUGUGUUGAUUCUGUUUCAGCUCUUACUCCACGUGCCGAGAUUGAAGGUGAGAUUGGAAUGCAGCAAAUGGGGUUGCAAGCUCGUCUUAUGAGUCAAGCUCUUCGUAAAAUGUCGGGAAACGCCUCUAAAGCUGGCUGUACACUUAUUUUCCUUAACCAAAUCAGAUACAAGAUUGGUGUGUACUAUGGGAACCCAGAGGUGACUAGUGGAGGGAUUGCGUUGAAGUUCUUUGCGUCCGUCCGACUAGAAAUUCGUUCUGCGGGGAAGAUCAAAUCUAGCAAAGGAGAUGAAGAUAUUGGUCUACGGGCUCGUGUAAGGGUACAGAAGAGCAAGGUUUCGAGACCGUAUAAGCAAGCCGAGUUUGAGAUUAUGUUUGGGGAAGGAGUCAGUAAACUGGGAUGUGUUCUUGAUUGCGCUGAAAUCAUGGAGGUUGUUGUGAAGAAGGGUUCUUGGUACAGCUACGAAGACCAAAGACUCGGUCAAGGAAGAGAGAAAGCAAUGCAGCAUUUAAGAGAAAACCCUUCACUUCUAGACGAAAUUGAGAAGAGAGUGAGAUUGUUGAUGUUAGAUGGAGAUGUUCACAGAUCAACCCCUUUGCUUAGCACCAGCUCCUCUUCGGUUUCACAUCAUGAAGAAGAAGAUGACAACUCGCUUGAUGAAUUUCAAUGACUAGUCCAUCUUAAAUGUUCCAAUCAGCAAACACUAAUGUUCUCCUCUAGUUUCAAGGAUCAUCAUUCAAAACUCCAUUUGUUUCAGUCUAUAAACAUGUUCUUAUAGAUUCAAAGUAUCUUCUUAGUUUCUUAACAACAUU